CACAUAUAGAUAGAUGUGUUAUAUACAUACGUAUAUAAAGAGAGCAGCAAGGGGAAAGAAACAACUGCACUGCACACACACACAAGCCUGGCAAUAUUUUAGUCUUUAAGUGCAACUAGUGUAACAAUUUUGGAAUAAGCAGAAGAAAUACUGCAAUAAGAAGAAAGAAACGACAACCACAACCACCCCCAUCCAAAACGGAACGGGGCAAAAAGUGCGUAGAAUAAAUAAUCAAAAGCCAUGGACUCGGAUAACGACAACGAUUUCUGUGACAAUGUCGACUCGGGCAAUGUCUCGUCGGGCGACGAUGGUGAUGAUGAUUUCGGCAUGGACGUGGAUAUGCCCAGCUCCGCAGAGCGUCAAAUGGAUCCCGAUGACUACCAGUACAAGGUGCUAACGACAUACGAGAUUGUGCAACAUCAGAGGGAGAUAAUCGAUGAUGUUAAUCUGCUGCUUAAGCUACCCACGACAAAGACACGAAUUCUGCUGAAUCACUUCAAGUGGGAUAGAGAAAAGUUAUUGGAGAAAUAUUUCGAUGAUAAUCCCGAGGAGUUCUUCAAAUGCGCACAUGUCAUAAAUCCCAAUAAGGCCACCGAAGCAGUACGCCAAAAGCAGACGACACGAAGGGAGAUCGAGGAGUGCGAAAUAUGCUUCUCAUUGCUGCCGCCAGACGCCAUGACCGGAUUGGAGUGCGGACAUCGUUUCUGCCUGAUAUGCUGGCGCGAGUAUCUGACAACGAAGAUCAUGACGGAGGGUCUGGGCCAGACCAUAUCGUGCGCGGCGCACGGCUGUGAUAUCCUAGUGGACGAUGUGACCGUUACCAAAUUGGUGCUCGAUGCACGGGUGAAAGUCAAAUACCAGCAGCUGAUCACCAACAGCUUUGUGGAGUGCAAUCAGCUGCUGAGAUGGUGUCCGUCCGUUGACUGCACAUACGCGGUAAAGGUGCCGUAUGCGGAGCCACGUCGCGUCCAUUGCAAGUGCGGCCACGUGUUCUGCUUCGCCUGUGGCGAGAACUGGCACGAUCCGGUCAAGUGCCGCUGGCUCAAGAAGUGGAUCAAGAAGUGUGACGAUGACUCGGAGACGUCCAACUGGAUUGCGGCCAAUACCAAAGAGUGUCCCAAGUGUAGUGUGACCAUCGAGAAGGAUGGCGGCUGCAAUCACAUGGUCUGCAAGAAUCAGAAUUGCAAAUACGAAUUCUGUUGGGUGUGUCUCGGCUCAUGGGAGCCGCAUGGCUCCUCCUGGUACAACUGCAAUCGCUAUGACGAGGACGAGGCCAAAACGGCACGCGAUGCCCAGGAGAAGCUGCGCUCAUCACUGGCAAGGUAUCUACAUUACUAUAAUCGCUACAUGAAUCACAUGCAGUCAAUGAAAUUUGAAAACAAAUUGUAUGCCUCUGUGAAGCAAAAGAUGGAGGAAAUGCAGCAGCACAACAUGUCCUGGAUAGAGGUUCAAUUUCUGAAAAAGGCUGUCGACAUACUUUGCCAGUGUCGCCAGACACUCAUGUACACGUACGUGUUUGCGUAUUACUUGAAAAAGAACAAUCAAUCCAUGAUAUUCGAGGAUAAUCAAAAGGAUCUGGAAUCGGCAACUGAAACGUUGUCCGAGUACCUGGAGCGUGAUAUUACAUCUGAAAAUUUGGCUGAUAUUAAGCAGAAAGUGCAAGAUAAAUACAGGUAUUGUGAAAAGCGCUGCACUGUACUGCUCAAUCAUGUGCACGAGGGCUAUGAUACGGAAUGGUGGGAUUAUACAGAAUGACGAGAGUCAUGGAUAGAUAAAGAUAACUAAGCUAAGCCAGCGAUGAAUCGGACACGAGUGUAAAGCAAGCUGAAAUAUACCCCUUGCCCCCCAUGUCCCCAUAUCCACCAUUUUCCUUAACCCAACUGCAUGCGAUAUAAAUUUAAAGUUGCCCAUCCCCAUGCAUCCCGCACCCAUUAUGAAGAUUGACAAUGCUUAAAACAAAAGCCAGGCAAGUGAAACGGAGUCGCAAUUGAGAAAAAAAAAACAUUUCAGAAUAAUUGUUAAUGCAACAAGAAAACUAUAUUAAAUAUUAAUAUAAAAGCAAACUGUAGCUACUGGUAGCAGAACGAAAUAUUAAUAUGUAUGUACAUACAUAUGUAUGUAUGCCGUAAUUAAUUAUUUCCUUGCAGCAGUCAAGAAAUGUAAUUCGAUUCGAAAGAUUUAGAAUAUCUCUGCCACUCUCUCUCUUUCUCUCUCUCUCUCUCUGUAUGUGUCUCUGCAAGGUUAUAAAUGUGUCUAUAUGGGUGUACAUACAUAUACAUAUUGGAUAUACAUAUGUACAUAUAGUGUAUAUGUACAAAGAAAAUCUUUACAUGCAUCAAAUAAGAAGAAACACACAGAACACAGCCUCAGAAAACAGAACAGAACAGAAUCUAACAAUCAAUCAAUCAAACAAACAGUCAAGCUACAGCUCAAAACCACAACAAUAAAAGUCACAAAACAACAAUAAAAGAAAGAGACGGAAUAUAAUAAUAAUUAUAUUAAUAGUAAACGAAUAAUCAACAGUUAUUUGAUGUUAACCAGAAUUGCUAAAAACCAAGACCUUCAUGUUAUAUCCAAGCAAAACAAGAAACCGAAAUCGAAAUCGAAAUAUGAAAUCAAAUGCAACAACAAAAACGAAAACAAAAACAACUUAAGCUAGUAAAUUUACACAUUUUAAUGUACACAAAACAAUAGAAAUCUAAAGGCAAACGCAAAUGUUAUACAGGAAGAGUAAGCGCAAGUAUUUAUGUAGCUGCAGCAGCAAACUCCCCCACGAGAGAGAAUACCUUUCUCACCCUAUUUAGACCAUCCAGGACCAAGGUGCAAUCUUCUACGUCCCACUCCCACAAAAACCCCACCCAUACCCCUGGCUUAUGCAAAAUUGUGUCUUAGUUUCAUUUGUUCUUGUUCCCCCACGCUACCUUUAAAUUUAGUUUGUUUUAACCCACCCAACCCCCACACCCCCACACACCCCAUUUCAAAUAAACAUCUGUGCAUAGCAUAUGGAAUGGAAAUGUUUCAUUCAAUAAUUCUAACAUCGGUCAGCAGUGCAAUAAAUCAAUCCAAUCGGGGCCACGAGUACGAGUGGAUGCACCGGCAGCGGCAACGGCAUUGGAUAUGGGAUAUCAGAACAAACAUUUUGCCCAUGGAUGGGGAUGAUUGAUAUAUUGGACCAUAAUAAUAUGUAACUAAAUAUGAAAUAUUUAUUAAGUGUAUAGCUAAAAGAUAUAUACAUAUAAAAACACAUAUAUAAAUACAUACGUAUAUGACGAGGUUCAAUCUACUCCUGUCAAUGGCCGUGAAUCGCUGUACAUAAAAUGCAGAUUUAUCCAUGGUUUCCACACACACACACACACACACACACACACACAAACACACCCACACGCUUCAGGACUCCCACCCGACUGGUUCUCCCCAUAUUUCAGCCCUUCUUAGAUAUUCUACAAACAGAAGAAAAAUAAUUAUAAACAAAAAACAAUCAUAAGAAAGCAAAAGCAAAAGCAAAAGCUACAAAAACACAAAAAGCAAGUGCUAAAACACUCAUUUAUUGAUGUAAAAAGUUUAAAGUUGUUCGAAUUACAAAUAAAAAGCAAAAGAAAACCCGACAAAACGGAAUACAAAUAUAUU